AUGAAGGCUCACCCCAUCACAAUCUGCCGCAGGCACACUAUCUGUCGUUGGAUCCGGCACCACGUGAUAGCCACCCCAAGAAUUUCGACAAGUGCCCGACCUAGAGUCGAAUGGGAGCGAGCUUAUGAUCCACAAGCUUGGAUCCUUGGUGUUCUUCCACUUAUUGCAUUCACGAAUCUCAUCUGGGAUGAUGCUUCCAGCGCCGUCGAGCAAAUCGAGAAGAGCGACUCUCCACUUUCUGGGUUUGUUGAAACCGAGCAGUGGGCUGCCAUUCAUCGGUUUGCCUUUCUCGUCAACUUUCUUGAAAAGAAGGAUCCGCAACAUAAGAGUCAAGCGUACAAGGCGCUUGCUGAAUGCGACCCUGGCUUCAAGAAAAUUGAGAUGGCGGGGUAUAUUGCUGGUUAUCUCUCCAGUCACAGCGAGAGUCCCUUGGCAUCAUUUGGGCUGUUCGAUCCCGGCGUUCGUAUCCUUAACUCAGACAUGUGUUCGAGGUGUUGCCCAUAG